AUGUAUUUGUCAAGAUUCCUGUCACUUCACGCCCUCUGGGUUACCGUAUCCUCUGUGAUGCAGCACUACCCUUCCGUGUGGGGACACUAUGACGUGUGUAAGACUCAAAUUUACACAGAAGAAGGAAAAAUAUGGGAUUACAUGGCCUGCCAGCCAGAAGCCAGAGACAUGAUCAAAUACGUGAAAGUGACUCUGGAUCCCCCAGACAUAACGUGUGGAGAUCCUCCUGAGACUUUCUGUGCAAUGGGGAAUCCCUACAUGUGCAAUAAUGAAUGUGAUGCGAGUACCCAAGAACUGGCUCAUCCUCCAGAACUGAUGUUUGAUCUCGAAGGAAGACAUCCCUCCACAUUUUGGCAGUCCACAACUUGGAAGGAUUAUCCAAAGCCUCUUCAUGUUAAUAUUACGCUCUCCUGGAACAAAACCAUUGAGCUGACAGAUAACAUAGUUAUCACUUUUGAAUCUGGCCGUCCAGACCAAAUGAUCCUGGAGAAAUCGCUUGACUAUGGACGAACAUGGCAGCCCUACCAAUACUACGCCACGGACUGCUUAGAUGCUUUCCACAUGGAUCCAAAAUCAGUGAAGGAUUUAUCACAGCACACAGUCCUAGAAAUCAUUUGCACAGAGGAAUACUCUACUGGGUACAUGACAAAUAGUAAAAUAAUCCACUUUGAAAUCAAAGACAGAUUUGCUUUUUUUGCUGGACCUCGGCUUCAUAACAUGGCUUCUCUUUAUGGCCAGCUUGACACAACCAAGAAGUUAAGAGAUUUCUUUACCGUCACAGAUCUGAGGAUAAGAUUGCUUAGGCCAGCAACUGGAGAAAUAUAUGUAGAUGAGCAACACCUGGCACGCUACUUUUAUGCCAUUUCAGACAUAAGGGUAUAUGGAAGGUGUAAGUGCAACCUUCAUGCUACUGGCUGUAAAGAAGAAAACAAAAGACUACUUUGUGAAUGUGAGCAUAACACAACUGGCCCAGACUGUGGAAAAUGCAAGAAGAAUUACCAGGGCCGACCGUGGAGCCCUGGUUCUUAUCUGCCUAUACCUAAGGGCACUGCUAAUAUCUGUAUACCCAGUAUUUCCAGUAUUGGUAACUGCGAAUGCUUCGGGCACUCCAACCGGUGCAGUUACAUCGAGCUGCUCAAUACGGUCAUUUGCGUGAGCUGUAAGCACAACACUAGAGGUCAGCACUGUGAGUUAUGCAGGCUGGGCUACUUCAGAAAUGCUUCUGCAGAGCUGGACGAUGAAAAUGUGUGCAUAGCAAAUGUAUGUGACAAUGAACUACUGCAUUGCCAGAACGGAGGAACAUGCAUCAACAAUGUGCGAUGCCAGUGCCCUCCGGCUUACACUGGCAUUUUAUGCGAGAAGUUGAAGUGUGAAAGGGAUCCAGGAGGCUGCAGCCAAAACUCUGGCCAGGGGGCAAUAUCACACGGGCCUCUAUUACUGCUGACUGCUCUACUAGGAGCAACUGGACUUUGCAUAUGCUAG